AUGAAAAAUAUUAACGAACGGUUUAUAACGCGACAAAUAAUCACAUUUGUGAUUUUACUAAUAAGUGUUGUGACUUCAUGUUUAGCAAAUUCUGUCAAUAAAUCAGAAAAUUUACAAGAAUUUAAAUACUGUUUGAAGAGUUCGAAACAACCGAGCUUAAGAGAAUGUAUUGGUCGUAGUGCUAUUAGUUUCCUGCAACGUUUCGAUGAACGGGAUAAUUUCACUUUGACAAUGGAUCUGGUUGCGGCAAAAACGGAUAAUGCUGCAAGUAGAUCAUUGGUGAAUUUCUUGGAUACCGAUCCAGUGGAUGUUAGGGGAAUUUUAGAAAAUGCUGGUGCUGUAUUCAGCCAACGUUCCUUGGAAUGGCAUAUGGAUGCAUUAUAUCCGGGAUUAAUGUUGAAAAUUGGUCCUUCGGCCGAUAAAAACAGUGUAGCCGAAUUCGUGCUCGAUCCUACCAUAGAUGAAAGAAAUUUCAACAUUGAAGAUGCCUCAACAGCCCGCAUACUGACCAAACAAUAUGUGUUACCAUUUUUACUUGGCCUUAAAUUCAACUUGGUAGCACUGGUGCCAAUACUGUUCACAGUUAUUUGCCUACUGCUGAAGAAGUCGCUAUUUAUAGCUAAGAUUGUUGUUUAUAUAAGCAGCGUUUUAGGCGUUGGUGGUGUAGCUGGUGCGAUAUCAUCAUUCGGUGCUGGUGGUGGUUGGGGCAGUCUUUUUGGUCCAUCAAUACCACCGCCUCAUCCCUAUCCACAACAACCACAUGGUGGAGGACAUUUUCCGGGAGGCUUUGGUUUGGCUCCGGCAAAACAACAAACCGUCUUUUCACAUUUUGAUCAAGAUGAAUUUCAACAUACGGGGCCGUAUAAACGACAAGAUCGUAAAGUCGUCUUUGAGAAGCCACGAGAAGAUGAUAACACCAACAAUAAAGUUAUUGAUGAUAAACUAGUGCGUUCAACAGUACCUCCUUCGGAUAAUUUUUAUAAUUUUGAAAAGCAAGUGCUGUUACAUGACCGCAGUGGAGGUAUGCGUCAAGCUAGAGGUAAAUUGGGCCCAUCGGCAUACGAUGAAGACUAUGAAGAAAUGCCUGGUGUUAUAAAUGUUUCCUCCAAUCAUCGUUUUAAAACUUCUAAUGAUAAUUCAGGAUGGAAGAUAGUACGUGCUUAG